GUAAGUAUGUUCUAUGUUUCUCAACAGUGCUUACAAAAUGUCAUACGCGCGUAAUUCCGGUGUAAUAUUUGGUGUAUACGCUGGGGUCACACGAGCGUACAUAGUACGUGCGUUAUAACGUGCGUAUAUUUUGACACACGUAUUUAUCAGUUCACACAACCAUUAAAUAUUACGACCGUAGAUUUAUUAUUUUUGAAAAAAGUAGUUUCGUACAGAUUUUAUGCGGUACAAGACGUAGGUGUAAUGGAUUCGAACGAAAUGGUUACGUUUUCAUAUUUGACGUACUUGUACUUAAGAAAUCAGCAAAGAAGACAAUUUUGGGUUCACCCUAUAAACUCUGAACGUCAAUCACAUGGCCAUUAUUUUCAAUUGUAUAAGCAACUUCGAAAAGACAAUGUUAAGUUUUUUAAUUAUUUUCGCAUGUCGAUAAGUUCAUUUGAUGAGUUGUUAUCGUACAUAGAAAAUGAUAUAAAACGGCAAGAUACAAAUAUGAGAAUAGCUAUUCAACCCGAAGAAAAAUUAGUGAUAACUUUAAGGUAUCUGGCCACAGGUUGUAGUUUAAAAGAACUGCAUUACAAUUUUAGGAUUGGGAAAAGUACUGCUAGUGAGAUAGUUAGAACAGUAUGCAAAAGUAUUUGGUGCAUCUUGAAAGAAAAAUGUAUUCCUAUCCCUGAUAAAAAUACAUGGAUUACAAUUGCAGAAGAAUUUAAAACCCGAGCAAAUUUUCCUAAUUGUAUAGGAGCAGUCGACGGAAAACAUAUUCGCGUCAUCAAACCAGAACGAAGUGGAUCUUUGUAUAUGAAUUACAAACAUUUUUUUUCUAUUGGACUACUUGCCAUUGCCGAUACAAAUUACAGAUUUAUUUACGUAGACAUAGGCUCUUUUGGGAAAGAUUCAGAUUCUACAAUUUUUAGAAAUUCAUUACUUUGGGAAAAAUUGGAAAAAAAUCAUCUGAACAUUCCCGCACCAACACCAAGUAAUACAUUUCCCGAAAUAGACAUCUCGCUACCUUAUGCUUUUGUUGGCGAUGAAGCAUUUGGAUUAGAUAAACAUUUGCUUCGGCCUUAUUCAGGAACUCAUUUGCCUGUUAAAAAAAAGGUUUUCAAUUAUCGUCUUACACGUGCUAGACGAUAUAUAGAAUGUACAUUUGGUAUCCUAUCUAAUAAGUGGCGUAUACUUCAUAGACCUAUUGAUGUUAAAGUUGACUUUGCAGUAGAUAUAGUUAAAUGUUGUUGCGUCUUACAUAACUUUGUACGCGAUCGAGAUGGCUUUAUUUAUGAUGAUACCCUAACGAUCAAUGGCCUAGAAGAUUUCAGUGACAUUGAAAACAUAACUACAAACAGAAAUCAAAAUCGAUAUCGUGAGGCGUUGUCAAACUAUUUUAUGAGUAACGAAGGGCAGUUAUCUUGGCAGAUGGAUAAAAUAUAGUUGAUAGAUACCUAACAAAAGUUUUUA